AAAUUCUUGUCUUCAUUGAAGCAGGGAAUUAAUUAAUUCAAGAUCUGGGAAUUGUGUGUAACUUGUAUGCUCUAUGGAUUUGAGGUUGAAAUCAUGUAGUAGUACUACUGCUACCUUACAGAAUGAUUUAAAUUGCGGCGACGACCUUCUAUUAGAUAGGUUCACUAAUUUACCUGAUGAAUUGUUGAUUCGGAUACUGUCUUUGCUUCCCACCAAGGAUGCUGCUGUUACUAGCAUCUUGUCCAAGAGGAUGAGCUCUAUUUUCCCUUUCAUUACGAGCCUCGACUUUGAUGAUUCACCUAUAUCUCAUUGUUUGAAUAGACCCUUUGCGAUUCAACGUUUCCCCACUUUUGUUGCCUUAGUUAAUAGUGCUCUGUCUGCAUACAAGUCUCAGUAUCUUACCAGGUUUAAACUUGGAGUGGGUGUAGACUUCAAGGGCAUUUGUUGUUUAGAUUGCGAAAGUAAUCUACCAGGUGAGAAAGACUGCUGCCCGGACUUGAAAGCCUCACAAAUCAAUGCGUGGAUCUCUUUUCCAUUAACCCAUUGUGGCCUCAGAGAGCUUGACCUUCGCAUUCAGGUGAAAAAACCUGGUGAUUGUCUGAUACCCCUAGAAAUUUUCACUUUUCAAACUCUAGAGGUGUUAAAGCUCGAUGUUAAUCUUAGUCUUGAUCAAACUUCAACCAUGUCAUCCUUUCAUCUUCCAAACUUGAAGCGACUCCAAUUACGUGUGCCUGUCAUUUCUGAGGUAGGCUUUGUGACAAGGCUAGUUUCUAGUUGUCCUAUACUUGAAGAUCUCAUGGUGGAUGUGGUUUGGAGCCAGGCCUAUUUCAUAAAUAUAUCUUCCCCUUCUCUCCGGAAAUUAUGCUUAUUUGUGAAUAGAUAUGAUUAUAAUGAUGUUGAUAACAAAUUUGUUACUAUUAAUACUCCUAAUUUGGAGUAUCUCAGCUACACUGAUUAUUUAACAUUACAGUACUCUGUCCCAAACAUGAAUUCUCUUGUUAAAGCAGAUGUCGACCUUAGAAUCUUCCCGGUUGGGCCAUCUGAGGUUUGUCUUGUGCAAGUGCUUAACUUUAUCAGUGUCUUGUCUAAUGUUCAGCAUUUAACUUUGGGUGGCAAUUGUGUGAAGGUUCUAAGCCGUGUUGAUUUAAAGGAUCGUCUGCCCGUUUUUCAUAACAUGAAAUGUCUAGAGCUGCUUUAUGAUUAUAUCUGUUGGGACAAAUUGCUGCCAGCAUUUCUAAAUGAGAAUUGCCCACAUCUGAAAAAAAAAAUGAAAACCCUAGGAUUGAAGGGUGAAAUUAAGGACAUGGUCAACCCCAAAAGGAAGUGUUGA